AGCGAAGAAGGCGAGUCCGGCGGCCUUUAGGAUCCGGCGGGGGCGAUCGAAGGGGCGGGCUCUGGGUCCCCGGACGGGCACGUGCAGCGGCGGCGGCGGCUGUUUCUGCUCGCAGUUUUGCAAACUUCGUAGCUCCCGGCUGAACUCGAAGGCGUUUUCCCCGCCUUUCCAAACCCUUUUUCCCCCGGAGCCCAGCAGCUGCUCCCUUUUUGUUUUUUGUUUUUGGCGCCCCGGAGCAGCCGCUGCCCCGACGUGGGACCCUUCUCUCUUCUUCUCCCCCCCCCAUCUCCUCCUCCGCGUCGCUCGUUCUUUGCGGGCGCCUUCCGACGGCUCAAAACCAGGGUCGUGGGAAUGUCGGCGACGGAAGAAGACGGCUUGCUCCGCCGCCCUUUCAAGCUGAUCGCCCUGCUCUGCGCUUUCCUCGCGCUCGCCUUGGACGUGGCGGCCCUUCUGAGCCCCGCCUGGGUCACGUCGGAACGCUACUCCCUCUCGCUCUGGGAAGCGUGUCGGCAAGUCCCGGACGGUUGGCGCUGCCUUUCCACCCUCCAGAGCGAUUGGCAAGUAGCUACCUUGGUAUUAAUCCUGACUGCAGCCACUGUCACUCUGGUGUCGUUCCUCACAUCUCUGAUUUCGUUUUGUCUGGGCACCUACAAGCGGUAUUACCAAGUUGUGGCCGUUCUCCUUUUCAUAGCAGUGGUCCUGCAGGUCUGUGCUUUAAUUCUCUACCCAAUCAAAUUCAUUGACAGUAUCUUGCUGAAGAGCUACCAUGAAUUCAACUGGGGCUACGGCUUGGGAUGGGGCUCGGGCAUUUUCAUGCUGGGGGCGGCCAUCCUUUACUGCCUGCGCACCGACUUGUAUGAAGACGCAUACUACUGAGGCAAGCCGAGGCAGAUGGACUGGAUUACGCUUGACGGAUGGGACCACAGUGGUGAACGGAGACCCAUGAAAUGGGAGGGGGACCCGCAGAUUUACUGAGAAUUCACAGCAAGCUUGCUCCUUCGGAGUAGCACCCCAUCUAUCACUAAGAUGCAGACCAGUCGCUCCAAGAACAGGAGAUGUGGCAGUCUUUGGUUGGACGCUCUUCAAGAAAAUAGAAGGACUGUCGUCGUGGAUGAGCUAAAUAAUUCUCACCUCAAUAACUAGCCCAUUGUUUUUCUCCUAUUUCUUUUCUUUUCUCCCUUCAUGGUGUUUGUUGUCUAUACAGGGCAGGUUGUCUUUAUAUUUAAAGAGAACAACUCCUGUGGCAAGAAAGAGCCUUCGUUUGCCUUUGUUUUGAGGUGACUGCUCUCCAAAUGUUUCUUGAGACGAUCGGCUGUAUGUUAGCUAGUACUGAGGGUCAUAACCGUUAAGCCUAGCUCACAUACCUAAGAGGGAGGGAUAAUGGCAGUUGUAGUCCCAAAAACAUUUGGGUCAGAAUAAAAUAUGCCAUUGAGAUGCACCAAAACCCCCGCAUGUGGUCCUUCUUACAAUAUUCAGAAACAAGUGUGGGUUGCUCCUUUGAAUCGACCACACAAAUAUUAGAAAUAAGUGAGCUUUCAAGGCCAGUUGUAAUGCUUCUUCUGGCUUGGAUUGCAGAGCUCUGGGGUGAAAUGCAAGAGCAAUGUCAUGUGAUGUUACUUGAGCGUAGACCCUGGACAUCUGGUCAAUAUGGUUUGGAGGGGACUUUCUCUCUGUCCGCUCAAGCCCAGCCUGAAGAAAUGUCAUGCUAGACUCAAAACUUCCCUUCUUUUUGAUAUUUCUGGGGUUAAAUAAAGAUGUUGCAAUUCCUUGUUCUCUGAAUACCCCAGCAAGCAUGUCCAUGCGCAAACAGUACAACUGGCUGUGUUCCUUGGCAUUUUUCUGCAGUUGAAGUCCAAUAUGUAAAUUCCCAUUUUUUAUUUGGCAAGUGCAUGUUGCUUGCUGUAGAUUAGCUGGUGAGUAAGGCACUUGAUCCUGGGAAGCCAGAGGUGAUAGGUGGUGCCUUACAGAGAAUAUAGACCUUUGGGUUUGUGGAGCUAUGAGUUUGCGCAGCGACAGAGAUGAAUAAAGCAACAGGCUGACAUGAGAUUGCCGCCUUGCACGCUUUUGUGUGUCUGCCUGCCGUUGAAAGCUUUGAACAGCUCAGCAGUCAUGAGGGGAAGAAUGAUGGAGGGGGAGUCGGAGUUGAAAAGAUUAAGGUUGGGGAAGGGCCGCCAUAGAUUCUAGGUGGCAAGCGGAGCCCCGUUGUAGUGCUCAAAACAGUGGCAAUACAAAUAUUUCUCAUUGGGUUGAUUGAUAUUGCACCGAGAAGCUGCUCAUCUUCUACAAAAGACAGCGUACACGGCAAUCAUAUUGAUUCCCUUGUGAAAACAAUGAAGCAGUGUGAGUGCAGAAGUGUGGAGGAUUUGCCAAACAGCUGCUGUGAGAAGACCAGCUCUUAUUUCACAUAGGCUUCUUUUCAUGUGCUUUUUUUCCACACCGAACCAUAUCAGGCAGCUGAUGUUUGCAAUGCAUUUAUAAGCCAAAGGGUGGGAAUUAUGCAGUUUCUUUAGGCUUCACUAUCGGCAACAACCCAUUGGGCCCAAAAUGGAAAGUCAUACCUCCAGAGACCUGAGUGAGGGGGGCAUUUUCCAUUUAAUGGCCAUUGCACAAGGAAACCCUGCAUUUAUUGAGCUGAAUUACAUCUUUAGGAUUGAGGUUAUUAUUCUAGUUUCAAUAGUUGAGUUAAAAUAUAGAACUAUGUUUAACACAACAGCUCAUUCUCCAAAUAUAUGUACCUGCAAUUAAUUGCUAGGCCAUGGCUACAUUCACAUGUCACAAUAAUCCAUGGCUUUGUGGUUUGUUCCUAGGAUACAAACUGCGUAGUAGGCCACCAAUUAAAUGGCUUUUAUUCCCUAAUGGUUUAUUUCUGAUUUGUUUGUUUCUCAGCUCCUGUUUUAGGCUGAGUAGCAGAGGGUAUUGUCUAGGGGCAAGCCACCAUUGCAGCAUCAGAUGUCACAACACAACGUGGUUUAAACAAGCCAGAGUUAUUAAGCCAGCAACAAAUCGUAGACUGAGAUGAGAUUAACAAACUAUGCUGGGUUAGCAGAGGAAAAUUCAAGGUUCUUAACAAUCCAAAUGUCAACAGAUCAUACCAGGGUCUUUUUGUGAAGGAGAAAUGUGGUCAGUGUCUCUGCAGAAACGUUACACAGCUCAGAAGAAUACAUAGCCUUGUGCUUCUACAUUUCUGAACACCUCUGUAUUAGUUCUGUAGAACAUAAAUGCUAAAUCAAAAGUCAUUUUGCAUUUCUGGAACCCCUGAAAAUGAAUGCUGUCUUCUGAAGUUUAAAAUAUUUACUUACUUCAGAUCCGUAGGGGUAGGACAGUGUUAUAAUAUGAUGAUGGUGGUUUAUGUUAAACCAGAAGCAUGGAAAUGCAAGUCCGGAUGUUCUUUCAGCCUAAACCUACCUCACAGUUGAGGAACAGUAAGAACUCUAUAAAUUGCCCCAAGGUCCUUAGACAAAGGACAAGAUAAAAACGUAAAUCAUAAUAUUGCUAUUUGAUGGCCAACAAUAAUUCCCCAUUUGAUAGCUGUUCUUUAUUGGAAAAGAUUAUUAUUUUCAUGCCACUUUGAAAUAUAAUGCUUUCUUCCUAGCAUAUUUGGCAUUAAUUGUGCUUUUGAGAUGUUAAUUUUGGCGAAAGGACAAACUUCAAAGCAUUGCAUUGGCUGUUAAGAAAAAGGGGGCUGCUCUCUAGCACUGAUGGAAGAUGGUUUUGACAAUUAGGAUCUGAAUCUCCAAGCAACUUCUCCUUGGUUGAUAUCCAACUGUAAGCCGCAACCAGAGCAGGCCCAACCUGACCAAUGGAACGUAGGGAGAAAUUGCUCAUCAGAUCCCCAGUGGUUCACCAGGCCUACUCUAGUCGUGACUUACUGUUGGAUUUCAGCCCAUGUGUUUUUCCAUUUGUGUUAAACUUUUGACUUGGCAGAUCUAACUUUAUCUGAAGUGGAAUCAAUACAAACGGUCUGAAUUUUGGAAAUGCCAGCUUUGCAAAGUCCUUGCUUUAUUCUUUUUCAAACCAAAAGCUUCCAUCACUGUCAAUAGCUCCUACUGGGGAUAGCCAGAUGUUGCUGGGGUGAAGUGGCCAGCAUUCUUCACCAUUGGGAUGUGCUGGUUUAGGCUGCCAGAAAUUUCACUGCAACAUCUGGAGGCUCGCCAUUUGCUACCCCUACUGUAAACCCUCUAUAUUUAUUCGAGAAUAUUAAGUUGCUUUUUUUUAGUGUCGCUAUUGCAGGACAUGGUAUUAAUUGAAAAGGGCUUGAAAUGUUUUUAGACGCUGCCUGAAAAUAUUAAAGUGCCAAGAUUUAAAUUAGAACUUAGGGGUUGGAAAGGGGAUGGGAAUUCAAUGGAAUGGGGAAAUGCGCGCACUGUAUCCUGGAAGAGGGCGUAGCUGACUGAAACACUGCAUGCAACCUUUUUUGCAGGCCCUGCUUGGUUCCAUUAAAGGCAAAGUACAGGAAAUGACCUAAUGGAUGUACCUGCU